CAGCAGGGAUAUUUGCAGCAUAGUUGCUCAGUUUUGCGGGCGGUGGUUUUUCUUCUACUGAACAAAAUUAAAUCAUGAAGAAGGAAAACAAAGAAACAUUACAUGUAUAGGAAUAUCAUCAUUUUUUCCAUCAGGUUAAGGAGGAACUAUUAAGAAGAUGAAGCGUUUCUUGAUCACUGCUUUGAUCACUAUCUUCAUUCUGGCUUUGUUCAGCCACUCUGGAAGUGCCCUAACAUGUUUCCGGUGUGAACGGAGUCCAUGUACGAACAACGUGACGUGUCCAGCAACAGAUAAUCGCUGUAUGGUGGCUUACCUAGGUAACAGAAAUACGUCUAACUGCUGGCAAGAUGCCAAUUGCAAUUUGGACUACAUUGGGAAAACUUUCAGUAGUACAAGCUUUUCAUUCAGAUGUUGCUCAAGAGACUUGUGUAACGGCAGCCCAGUUACAACCGGCAGCAAGAUAGUCCUUGGCAUAGCUUCUUUGCUUACAAUAAUCCAGGUGCUUUGUUUCUAAUCUGGAGCAGAAAAGGCGUGCUAUUUGUUUAAAAUUUACUUAAUACCUAUAGACAAAUAGCCUUUGCAGAAAGCACCAAGCUUGGACAGGAGAGAAUGAGUAAGUCAUGGAAAACCAAUGUGUAGUAGUAUGAAACGUGUUUACUAUGCUUCAGUUGCUGCAUUGCUUGUGUCUUUCCUUGCAAUACAGCAUUCUACUUGCAAGUUUAUAUCAAAUCUGUGUGGGUAACCUUUACGCAGUUGGGUAAUGGAAGCUUCUGAUAAUGAAAUAGCUCUAGUUCUUGGGGAAAGUUUCUAAAUCACUUGAAAUUACCAACUUUUUUUUCAUCUUGACCUGUUUGCAAAAUUGUAUUAUCGUAAUAAAGUGGCUACUGUAAUGUA